GCAGCAUUUUACAGAAACACACUACAGUCCUUUUAACAUGAUUUCCUAUGGGACAGGAAGGCUAAGUUCACAUCUGUGUGAGCGGUGCCGCUGCGAAUCUGCAUGAAAAUCCGUGCAGCCGCACCACCCGCACAGAGAAAUGCGGACCCGCGGGCGGGUGCCAUUACUUCUAAUGGCACGCCACCCGCACUGGAAAAUGCAACCGUACUGGGAACCGAGGUUCCCACGCGCGGCUGCGUUUUCGAAAGAAGUGCAUGGGGCUUCUUCCCUGUGUGUCUCGGGCACAAGAGUCCAUUCAAAUUAAUGGGCUCCCGUGCCCGCACAAAACGCGGCCUGCACGGCUGCAUA